CGCAACAAAACCAAUUCGAUUUGUGCAUUAGUUUUAAACGAAAUCCAACCAACAAAAAGCGUGACCAACAACAACAAUGAAAUAUACAACAAUUUACAUAUAAAAAGCCACCGCCUUCCCCCUCACUCCGUGUGACCAUGCAUAUCAAUCAAUUAAUGGAAGAAAAUAUACAAUAGACCGAGAAAUGUUUGUAUAAACAUUACGAGCAAAUUGUUUAACAAAUUUUAAAUACAUUUCAUCGCGGAAGUCAAAACGAACGCAAAAAAAAAGAGAGACGUUUACCUACACUAUCCAAAGUCCCCACAGCUGGAAUCGUGUAUACUUAUAUAGUAUAUAUAAUUUUAAUACAACACACACGGUGCUAUAUUAUAAGCUACAGUAAAACAACAGCGCAGUCGCAGCGCAGCGCAUGCGCGCCAGGCGCACAACACCAACAACAUCAACAACAACACCAACAACAGUAGAAACAAUAACAAUAACUGAAGGAAGUUAAAGUUGUUUCAUAUUCAGUAGUUUUUUUAUUCAUCAUCAUUGAUUUAAUCGCCAUGACUGAGAAUCAGGUAUAUCCCAUGUCAUCGGAAUUCUUUGAUAGCGGCUCAAACAGCAGCAGCAAUCCAUUGAAAUAUGAGCUAUAUGCGCUGGCCACGCCCACACUGACCAUACAGACGGGCGUCUACAACAACAGCAACAGUAACAACAGCAACAACAGCAACAGUAACAACAGCAGCACUAACAACACAAGCAACAACAAUUCGAGUGCCAUUUCGAGCAGCUACACAUCGAAUGUAAUGCUGAGCACCUCAGCAAUUAGUAUACCGCGCAGCAAUAAUCCCAAUCAGAGCCAUCAUCACAGUCAUCAUCAUCAUCCCUAUCAGCUAAGCAGUACGCCCACAUUGACGCCAACCCCAACACGCCAGCAGCAUCAUUUGAACAGUCUGCCCAGCAUGGCACAGCACCAACACUUGCAACAGCAGCAGCAGCAACAGCAGCAGCAGCAGCAACAACAGCAACAGCAGCAGCAGCAACAACAACCGUUGCAAUUGGGCGAAUUGUCUGAUUUUGGUCUGGAUGCUUUAGAUGCUGCCUCGCUGUCGCCGACACUGUUGCAGGAUGUCAGUUUGGGCGCCGCCUCGCCGCUGAGCUCCACGUUGUACAGCAGCAGUGGGAAUAAUGCGAAUGCCAGCAAUUCGGGCAGCGGCAACUAUUUCACGCCCGAUCUGAGCUCCUGUCUGAGCUUGAAUGUGCCGUCGGAGCAAUCGCUGCUCCAGGAGGUGGUCAACGGCACUGGGCUGCUCUACGAUAUGACGCCCAAUUCGAAUGCCAUGUGGAGCGACAUUAGUUGCGCCAUUGUUCAUACCAAAAAUGAGCCAUUCAAUCUCGACGACGAUUACAUAUUUCCCAAUGACAAAGCUGAAAUCCAAGCCAACGAAUUGGCCGAUCUGAAUGGUGGCGAUUUUCUGGAUGUUAUGGGGACCAUUGAUGAUCUGCUGCCCGCACAGAAUGUCAACUUUUUGCUAUCGCCACAGUCACACACGCAGGAUUCGCUGCCCCUGGAGCUGCUCCAGCAGCACCAACAGCAGCAGCAACAACAGCUGCAAACGUUGCUCACACAACAACAACAACAGCAGCAGCAACAACAGCAGCAGCAGCAGCAGCAACAGCAGCAGCAGCAGUCACAACAAGGACAACAACAGGAUACGUAUGAGCUGUUCCAUAGCACACCACAGAAGCCACCAUCGCAGCUCAGCUCGAGCUUCUCGCCUGGCAGUCAGUCAUCGCAGUCGCCGUUAACUCCACCGCCGCCGCCGCCGCAUGCGAAUCGCUCGCAAUAUCAGCUGGUCAAGUCGCGCAACAUGCAGGAGCUGCUCAAGAAGGGCAUGGUCAUGUCGUCGCCACCCGAACGCCAUUCGCUGCUCAGCCAGUCGGCUGCACUCAGUCCGGGCGGCAGCAGCAGCGGCUUUGGCAGCGCCGCCAGCGGCAACAGCAGCGCCACAAAUCCCAGCAGCAGCAGCAGUGGUAGCGGCAGUGGCAGCUCCAAUCAAGUGGUCAUCACGGCCACAGUUGGUGGAGGGGCGGGCAGUGUGCGGAAAUCGUUUGGCUAUCAGGCUGGUUCCGUGGAGAGCUCGCAGCUGUCCCGUCUGUCGUCGUCGGCGCCAACGCAUUUGGGACUGGAGCACAUUUGGAUGCGACGUGAGCCGCGACAGCAUUUAUUAUCCACCGGCUCGCUGGCCGAGGCCGAGAGUUUCUCAUCGCUGUCCACCGGCAGCGUUCUAUCGCCCGAUGGCAUCGAUUUCUCCCAGGACGACGAGGACGAUGCGUCCAGCGAAAAUAGCGAUAACUACGAUGACUUUAGCAGUGACAAUGGCUCUGGUGAUGAGGAUGAGACACGCACUUCGACACCGAAUCAACUGAGCAGCAGCAAGGGCAAGGAGCGCUUCUUCUGGCAGUAUAAUGUACAGGCCAAGGGGCCCAAGGGCAAACGACUCGUCUUCCAAUCAAAGCUAGAGAAUCCGCAUUUCCUGAACGAGGUAUCCGAUCCCGUCUUCAGUCCCACCUGCUCGGUGCGCGGCAUUAAAGUCUACAAGCACAGUGGCAAAGCGCGCAAGGGGGAUGGCAACGAUUUGACACCGAAUGCUCGUAAGCUGCACAACAUUGGCAAGGAGCUGGACAAGCUGAGCCGCACCAUUAACGACAUGACGCCCGUCUCGGAGCUGCCCUUCAAUGUGCGUCCCAAGUCGCGCAAGGAGAAGAAUAAGCUGGCCUCGCGCGCCUGUCGCCUGAAGAAGAAGGCCCAGCACGAGGCCAACAAGAUCAAGCUCUAUGGCCUGGAAAUUGAGCACAAGCGUCUAAUCAAUGGCAUUUCGGAGCUGAAACAGGUGCUGGCCGUGAAGCAUCGCACAAAGAGUCAGGGCGAGUCCACCGAGGAGGCGGAUCAGCAGAUUCAACGCAUUUAUUCAACGGCUUUGUCUGGCAUACGCAUUGCAGGCGGCUCCACCGAUUUUGUGAACAAAGUCUUGGAAAAUAUGCGCGGCGGUUUGCAUAAUGGCGGGCUCGAGGAUCUGCGCAAAUCGUAGACCAUAUGUUGCACAACUGAAACGAACCGCCCAUCAAGUUUAGAAUUUUAAGCAUAACUAGCAUGUAGCCACAGCCCGCAUCCUCGCCCAAACCCAAACCCAAACCCACAGCACCCACACCUGAACCAUACCCCACCCACAACCACCCCACCAGCCCCCGACGAUGUAACCAACCAACUAACCAACAAACAACCAACCAAACAAUCAAUUUACAAAAAUGUUCUGCUUGAGUGCGUGAUAAUAAGUGAAUGAUGAGAUGAGAUAGCAAAGAUAACGAAGCGAAAGUGAGCGAAAGAUAGUUGUAACUGUGAUUUAGAGGCCUGGCAGGCAUGCAGCGUGCAGCAUGCAACAGAUAUAUGCACAAAAAUGAUUUAGCCAGCGCUAAAAACAAUAACAAAAACAAAAAUUCCUUGAAGAAGCAAGCUAAACAAUUGAUAAGAAACACAACAAACAAACUGUAAAGAAAGAGGCAACCGCAAACAUAAACAACAACAACAACAACAACAACAAUACAACACAAGAAACAAUUGAGAUGUGAGAAACAGGAUUUUGAGUUUGUGUGCGUUUAGGAUUUAGCUACCAGUUUUACCUGCUUACGACAUAAGUUUUGAUUUGUUUAAACCUUUGAAUUGCGAAACUAAAUUAGGCUACACAGUAACGAAACAAACAAACAAACAAAUACAUAUAAACCUAUAUAUUCAUAUACACAU